GUCUCAGGGCGGGAGGAGAUUAAAGCUGCUUCCCGAAGCUCGCCCCAGCCCAUGUCACCCUCUGAUUUCCUGGACAAGCUUAUGGGACGACCAUCAGGGUAUGACGCCCGGAUUCGACCCAACUUCAAAGGUCCGCCCGUCAACGUGACAUGCAACAUCUUCAUCAAUAGCUUCGGCUCUGUCACUGAGACCACCAUGGACUACCGGGUGAAUGUCUUCCUGCGUCAGCAGUGGAACGACCCCCGCCUGGCUUACCACGAGUACCCUGACAACUCCCUUGACCUUGACCCCUCCAUGCUCGACUCCAUCUGGAAGCCAGACUUGUUCUUUGCCAAUGAGAAAGGGGCCAAUUUCCACGACGUCACCACUGACAACAAGCUGCUGCGCAUCUUCAAGAAUGGCAAUGUGCUCUACAGCAUUAGGCUGACACUGAUCCUGUCCUGCCCCAUGGACCUCAAGAACUUCCCCAUGGACAUCCAAACAUGCACCAUGCAGCUGGAGAGCUUUGGCUACACUAUGAACGACCUCAUCUUUGAGUGGUUGGAGGAGCAAGAGGCUGUGCAGGUGGCAGAGGGCUUGACACUCCCACAGUUCAUCCUCAGGGAUAAGAAGGACCUGGGCUAUUGCACCAAGUACUACAACACAGGCAAGUUCACCUGCAUUGAGGUGAAGUUCCACCUGGAGAGGCAGAUGGGUUACUACCUGAUCCAGAUGUACAUCCCCAGCCUGCUCAUCGUCAUCCUCUCCUGGGUCUCCUUCUGGAUCAACAUGGACGCGGCACCAGCCCGGGUGGGCUUAGGCAUCACCACUGUGCUCACCAUGACCACACAGAGCGCCGGCUCCCGUGCCUCCCUGCCCAAGGUCUCCUACGUGAAGGCCAUCGACAUCUGGAUGGCUGUGUGCCUGCUCUUUGUCUUUGCCGCCUUGUUGGAGUACGCAGCCGUGAACUUCGUCUCCCGUCAGCACAAGGAGUUCAUGCGCCUGCACCGGCGCCAGCGGCGGCAGAGGAUGGGCCUGAGCAGUGGGACAGCCAGCCUGGAGUCCCUGCAGCAGCUGAGCGGCCAGCACAGCAGCGAGCACACCUACACGAUGCUCUCGCAGCUCUCCAGCACCCGG